CCCAGAGACAGCCCAAGACCAUUCUCCCAUUUCUCAAUGGCUUACACAGGUCCAAAACCCUUUCUCUUCUCUCCCAUUCCUCUCUCCUAGCCAGUCUCAGUCCUCCUCUGGUGAGCCUAGUGCCAUUUCUGCUGAGCCAAUAAUACUAAUAGGCAGUGAUUGAGAAAUUAGGCAUUGAUAUACUGUGCUGAAGAGCUUUAGUGGGUUUUCAGAAAAUGAUAGGAAUCUUAAAGAUUAAGCCCCUAAUAUCUACGCUUGAGUCUUCUUCAAGCCACCAGUUCCUUCAGAGGUGCUCUGUGAGUGGGACUGCAAAGGGUAAGUCGAAGACGAAAACUGCAGCGCCUUUGAAGCGCUCAAAGAUAACUACGAAAAAAGGUUCUGGAGAUGGUGCUCCUAAAGGUGCAGAGGAAAUUCAUGUAGUGCUAUGUAUGCCUCAGAACUCUCCAGAAAUAACCCAAGCACGUGAUCCGUUUUCGUGACUUGACGACCCAUGACGGGACCGGACCGGACCGGACCGGAACUCUUCCAGAGAUGCCAAGCAAGAUAAAAUACUUGGGUUUAAAUGAAACUGCAACUAAAGAGUUGCCUUCAUCAAUUUGGUCUCUUAAAAAACUUGCUAAACUGAAUCUUUCUAGCCGUUCAGGCAUUAAGAAUCUUCCAAGAAGCCCUUGGAGGCUGAAAUGCCUGGCAUUUCGUGAGAGUGUAUCUGUGGGACCAUUUCAGUCGUACUGCAAGAUAGCAAACAGCUUGUGAGGCUCCCAGCCGGUAUUUAUGAGUUAAAAUCUCUGAAGAACUUGUUCUCUCUGGUCGCUUUAGAAUCAAAAAGUUCCCAGAAGUCUUGGAGGUAAUGGAAUGUCUCGAGUUUCUUCGUGUACAUAAUUAAGAAAUUGUAGGGGUACCCUCAUCAGUUGAAAAUUUUGUCGGGCGUAAAACACUAUAGAUAUCUUCAUGUGGAAGCCUUGAGUUUGUCCCCAACAGCAUCUACAAUUUAAACAUUCUUGAGCAUUUCUCAGUGACUUACAGGCUUCAUGAAACUGAAAAGAUUGCCUCCCAUGUCAGUGAUUUUGUGCCCUUGAUAUCUCUAGACCUCAGUGAUUGCCAUUUUUUAGAAGAAAUAUAUCCCUGAUGGCCUCAUUGGCUCAACCUCAUUGCAAAGACUAAAUCUAAGUGGAACCAUGAUUCAGACCAUCAAUCCAACAAUCAAACAAGUGUCUAGGCUCAAGUAUCUGAACACAAGUAACUGCAAGUGCCUUCAAUCUUUGCCAGAGCUCCCAUGUCUUCCAACUUUGGUGGCAAAUGGCUGCCCAUCACUGAAGACGGUGUCAUAUCCAAUGACUGCAUCCACACGAGAUUUGAAUCAGAGGCAUUCAUUUUGUGCUUGUAUAAAUUUGGAUGAGAAUACAAGAAGCAACAUGAUGGAUGAUGCAUGGGCUGCAUGGCUCAGAAUUGGGCGAAUGGCAACUGAUCAUCCAUUAUAUGGUACCGUUACUCUAAUAUGUCCGGGAACUGAGAUCCCAAAGUGGUUCAGCUGUGAAAAAGAGGGAUCUUCAAUAAAAACCAAGCUUCCUCAGCACUGGUCUGAUGAUAAAAACUGCUUGAGAUUUGCUCUGUCGGCUGUUUUGCCAUUCUAUACAGCAUAUUCUGUCACACUUCAAUGUGAAUGCAAUCUCACAACCAAUAAUGAGCGAAGCCAUCAACUUACUUUAUUUCAUUCUCAUUGCCAUAAAACCAGGCUUGAUGGCCUCAAGGAUGAACAUUCAGAUCACCUGUUAAUGGUGUACAGAUCCCUUUCACUUCCAGAUACAGCGAAAUGGUCCACUCAAGUUUCUUUUGACUUCUCUACUAAACUUGAUGGUCAGUUCAUUGAGGUGAAAAGUUGUGGUGUGCGCUUUUUGUAUGUCCAAGGUCAGGAUCAUGAUUCUCUGAAAUUUGAAGUCAUUGAUACAGAACAAGCUACUAGUGGAAUUGGAACUUCCAGUGAGUCUGAAUCUGGUGAAAGUGAAACAUCUAGUGAGUAUGAAUCUAAUGAAAGUGAAACUUCUACUUGGAGAGCUUUCUUUCAAUGAUGCUCGGAAGUUUUAUCAUUAAAUAAAUUCCCAAAAGCAAGGUUUGGCAACUGCAUAAUGGAAUAUUUAUUUGCUGUCUAUCACAACUACAUUUCUACAUUCUGUAUUUCUUUGUUCUGUUUUGCACUUGUACAGAUGUCCUAGAACUUGAAUUUCGUUAUGCAGUAAUCAGCUGUCUCUCAACCGUCAAUCUAUUUAUUGACUCUUAAUCAGUGUCUUAUGAUCUAAAAUUUACAUCUACUGAGGUAUAUCCUUCAUGAAGUAGCACUGAAGAUCAAAUGUUAUUUUAUCAUUUUUAUAAUUUGUAAUUCCAUUGAUUUAUGUCUCACAGGAAUUUUUCUAUUUUCCCAUCUUCAUCUAUUUCAAGUGAAAUUGCAAUUUUGACUCCAAAAACUUGUUUCUAAAGUGAUCCCAUUAACUCAAAUGAUAACUGGUAUGCCCAAUCAGAUGACCACAACACACAACCAAACCCAAGGACCUGAAUUAUAUACAAGCACCAAAUAUCAAGAUAUUGAAGCUAUUCCCUGUGUAGUUAGGAGUCCCAAGGAAAGCACUUGUCCAUUCCAUGUGUAACGGAAACCAUCAAGUCUCAAGAACCAGUCAGCAGUCACUUUCUUCUCAGCAAAAUCUACUAAAGCCGA